GUAAACAGACAACAUGGCGGCGGCGGCGGCGCUUGGAGCGCUGGGCGCCUUGCAGGCCGGCCGCGCGCGCCUGGUGGCCGCCUGCUGUGCGCGGCUCGGCCCGGGGUCGAGGCGGCCCGACUCCCUGACGGGGCCGCGGGUCAGCCCGGCGACCUGGGCCCGGGGCUGGGCGCCCGCGGCCGGGGGGGCGGCCCCGUGGAGGGGCUACAGUUCUGAGGUGAAGACGGAGGACGAGCUGCGGGUGCGGUACCUGGAGGAGGAGAACCGAGGAAUUGUGGUGCUUGGAAUAAACAGAGCUUAUGCCAAAAAUUCAUUCAGUAAAAAUCUUGUAAAAAUGCUCUCAAAAGCUGUGGAUGCUUUAAAAUCUGAUAAGAAAGUGCGGACCAUAAUAGUCAGGAGUGAAGUCCCAGGGAUAUUCUGUGCUGGUGCUGACCUUAAGGAAAGAGUCAAAAUGAAUUCCAGUGAAGUUGGUCCUUUUGUCUCCAAAAUAAGAGCAGUGAUUAAUGAAAUCGCCAAUCUUCCAGUGCCAACAAUUGCAGCAAUAGAUGGGCUCGCUCUAGGUGGUGGUCUUGAACUGGCCUUAGCGUGUGAUAUAAGAGUAGCAGCUUCCUCUGCAAAAAUGGGCCUGGUUGAAACAAAGUUGGCAAUUAUUCCUGGUGGAGGGGGGACGCAGCGGCUGCCACGCACCAUUGGAAUGUCCCUGGCCAAAGAGCUCAUCUUCUCUGCACGUGUGCUCGAUGGCCAAGAAGCCAAAGCAGUGGGCUUGAUCAGCCACGUUCUAGAACAGAACCAAGAGGGGGACGCUGCCUACAGAAAAGCCUUGGACCUAGCAAGAGAGUUUUUACCUCAGGGACCUGUUGCAAUGAGAGUGGCAAAAUUAGCAAUUAAUCAAGGGAUGGAGGUCGAUUUAGUAACGGGGUUAGCCAUAGAAGAAGCUUGUUAUGCUCAGACUAUUCCAACAAAAGACAGACUCGAAGGUCUUCUUGCUUUUAAAGAGAAGAGGUCUCCUCGCUAUAAAGGAGAAUAGAAGCAGC